AUGACAGUUGCGCAUUCUGUUGCUUAUUCGGCAAUCGGUCUAUCUCUUUUAAGUUUCACCAUUUGCAUUUACUCAUUAAGAAACUUAGCGUCUAGAAUUAGUACUAUCAAUGAAAAAAUUUUGGAAGAAGUGAAUGAAUUCCGUGGGAUGGAAAACCAUAUUCGCGGGACAUAUCGUAGGGUGGCGAGACAAGCUGCUCAAUGUCAAUGUAAUCUAAACAACCGUUGUCCACCUGGGCCUCCAGGACCAGUUGGCCUAAAUGGACAAGAUGGAGCACCUGGUCUCCCGGGACCAACUGGUCCACCAGGUCUUCCUGGUCGCAUGCCAGCUAUUAAUUAUAAUUUUGAAGGACGUUGCCGUUCAUGUCCUAAUGGACCACCAGGACCACCAGGUCCAUUAGGACAACCGGGAAUGCCAGGUAGCAAUGGAUUACCAGGACAAGCUGGAAAUCGUGGACGUAGUGGUAAUAUGGGACAACCGGGUCCACCUGGUUUACAAGGAAAAGCAGCAGCACCGGGUCGUCCAGGAGAACAAGGAUUACCUGGUCGUCCUGGAUCACAGGGUGGAAAAGGAUUACCUGGGCUACGUGGAUCACCAGGACAGCAUGGACCACGUGGUUCGCCGGGAAAACAAGGUAUGGCAGGAAAUCAAGGAUCACAAGGACGUCCAGGUCCACAGGGACCACCAGGACAACCUGGCCCAAGUGGGCACCCUGGAUUACCCGGUCAGAGAGGUGAGCCCGGCAAACAUGGCAAGGAUGCCGCCUAUUGUCCAUGUCCGCGUCGAAGUGUCGUUGCAUCAGUCCAAAAAGCCUAA